UCUGACCAAACUGGGUCAGUGCAGGCCCGUGACAUGGCGCACAGGUAGCGGAGCGCGGUACCACCUAAGGUCUAACACAAGGUGUGACUCUCACCUGUCUCAGUGUAACACCUGUGCAAGGACCACCUUUCGUGCACCUGUCCAUCGCACCGGAGUUUGGCAGAGAUGUGUUACCCGCUGGCUUUCUAGUUUCGGAACUUCUCCUUUUUAGCCUGGCUGAGUAUCGUGGGAGGCUGUGCGAGUUUUUUUUUCCUGCAGACCUGUCUUGAUGUUCACCUGUGCAGGUAUCUCCUCUCCUAGCGCACACCUGCAGAUGUCACCUGUGUAAAGCUCAACUUGUCGACUCUACUCACCGUCCCGGGGUUGUGUAAAGACAGGUUCCGUGUAGUUUCCCUGCGGAACUCCUGCUACUCGGUGAGCCACCCGGAGUAUUGAGUGCGCCCGUGUGAGGAAAAUCCACCCCUGGCGUUCUCUCUAGCAUCUGUCACCCUACAACAAACCCGCCCGGGCGGCCCUCUGCUCUUUCUUGCACAGAUUUCUGACGCGGAGUGAUCUGACGAUGAGGACUGUCAUCGCAAUAGUGUUCUUCGCCGUGUUCCUCCUCAACGGUGUUCUGGGCGACUUCGAGGCGAAGCAGCUGAAGCGCCACCUGCUGCAGGACUACGAGAAGGGACUCCGCCCCGUGCGUGACGUCACUACCCAGACUACCGUGCGCAUCGGCAUCGACUUCCGGCAGAUCAUCGACAUCGACGAGAAGAACCAGGUCAUGUCGUCUGCAGUCUGGCUCAGACAGUACUGGACGGACGAAGAUCUGCAGUGGAACGACACGGAUUUCUGGAACAUCUCAACCAUCAACAUCCCUUCUAAGGAGGUGUGGCUGCCGGAUACCGUGCUGUAUAACUCAGUGGGCAGCGACCAUAACCAGCUAAUGACGAACGUGGCGAUCAACUCUAACGGGUUCAUGACCUGGAUGGCGCCGCGCAUCUUCGCCUCUUCCUGCAAAAUAGACAUCUACUACUUCCCCUUCGACGAACAGGAGUGCACCUUAGAGUUCGGCUCCUGGACGUACGGCGGAUAUGACGUCAACACCACCACGGAAGACGCGCCCCCGUCGCUGACGUACUUCGUGUAUAAUGACGAGUGGGAGCUGAUCAACAUAACAGGCGUGCAGGAGGACAUUUACUAUCCGUGCUGUCCUGAGCCUUACCCACUGGUUACAUUCACUAUUACCGUACAGAGGAGGUAAGAACCAACCUGAACCCUACCCACUGGUUACAUUCACUAUUACCGUACAGAGGAGGUAAGUACCAACCCGAACCCUAUCCACUGGUUACAUUCACUAUUACCGUACAGAGGAGGUAAGUACCAACCCGAACCCUAUCCACUGGUCACAUUCACUAUUACCGUACAGAGGAGGUAAGUACCAACCCGAACCCUACCCACUGGUCACAUUCACUAUUACCGUACAGAGGAGGUAAGUACCAACCCGAACCCUACCCACUGGUCACAUUCACUAUUACCGUACAGAGGAGGUAAGUACCAACCCGAACCCUAUCCACUGGUUACAUUCACUAUUACCGUACAGAGGAGGUAAGAACCAACCUGAACCCUACCCACUGGUUACAUUCACUAUUACCGUACAGAGGAGGUAAGUACC